AAGCAGAGCGCAGCCAUGGGAAGCCGGAAGGAGCACGAGCCGCCCAAUUCCACACCCAAAAACCCUAACAGUCGUAAAACCCUCGCUCCAAAACUGGCUAAGGCCAAAAUCACCAAGAAGAAGAAGAAGAAGAAGAACGGUGGCACAGUCCAAAGCAUUGGCGAACCCCAGCCUGGGAUCAGCCAAAACAAUGGAAGCGUCAAGGAGUUUCAACCAGCAUCAGCUUCAGAUCAGCUGCGGUUCUUUCUCGAUCAAUUUCAGUCUGCAAAGGGCGUUCAGAUUUCUUCUCUCGAGUUGGAAUCGCUAAAAGAGACAUGCAUUUUGGAGUUACAUCAGGACUCAAAUGAAGAUGUUAAAUCCUUGGGGAAAAAUAUCAGAGCGGCUUUUGGCCAAUCAUGGAAAGAGGUGCUGUGUGAAGGACAGCUUGUGGAAGGAAAAGUUGAUGCUGGCAGUCCAGCUGUUCUUAUAGUUAGUUCAUCUGCCUUGAGAUCCAUUGAACUUUUAAGGGGAUUUCGGUCAUUGACAAAAGAGUGUCGAGCUGUAAAGUUAUUCUCAAAGCAUAUGAAGGUUGAGGAGCAGGUUUCCUUGCUAAAAAACCGCAUCAACAUUGCUAGUGGCACACCAAGCAGGAUAAAGAAGCUCAUUGACACUGAGGCAUUGGGCCUUUCAAGGUUACAAGUGCUUUUGCUUGACAUACACGCAGAUGUAAAGGGUUAUUCAUUGUUUACAUUACCACAAGUCAGUGAUGAAUUCUGGGACUUGUUCAAGACUUAUUUGUAUCAACCAAUGGUCCAAGGUAAUCUGCGUAUCUGUCUUUUUGGUCCAUGUCAUCAAGCUGUUCGGUUAAAAGGCAAAAGAAGACAUUCUGAUAAGUAAAUUAUUCCCAUCAUUAUGCAUUUUUGAGACUUGUAUUCUUGCAAUUCUGUAGCUAAUAUUAGGAUGAGAUAUAUUGGUUUUGGCAGAAGGACAUUUUUUUUUUAAUUAAUCUCCCUCCUAUCAACUUAAAAAUGUCUUCCCAAGAUGCAUCUCUUCAAUGAUUUUCCCCAAAACGACCAUGGAUGAUCUUCUGCCAAAAAAGACACAAUGAAUCCCUGUUGUUUCCAUAGAAGCCAGUUUUGAUCUCUUGGAAUGCUUUAUUUCUAUUGCACACAAGAUGAGAUAUGUAAUAUUGAGAGAAUAUAAUUUAUUCCCUCAAUUAUCGAUUCAAAUUCAAUCCUUAGCAAUGUUUUUAUAAUUUUUUGAUUCGGAAUAA